UCUCUUAAAAAAUUCUUAAUGGCAUGGAGUCUUCAGUUACUAAGAGCCGGCGAAUACUGUGGAAGAAGCACAUGGUGUUGAUUUGACCAAGCCCGACCGCCGGAGCAAGGUGGAUCGUGGAUCAACCGGCGCCGUUGUGUUUCAACAUCUCUUCAUCUCACGUUAGACAUGUGUCUGCUACGUGGCACUUUAUUUUCUUAACCUUAUCUUUAAAUUUGGGUGGGUUAAGCUGGACCUUAGAUUUAAAUCAAAGUUGUAAAUGGUAAGAGAUCGGACUUUUUCACCAGCAUAUAUCAUUAAGCAUGACAUCAGACAGAAAUUGGAGAUGGAGAUUCAAGAGCUAAAAGGCAAAUUCCAAGUGAUAAAACAUUUAGGAGAUGAUGAUGAUAACAUUCUGAAAAUGAAGCUCUGGUUAAAGCUACCAUCCUUUGCUUUACAUAGAAGGAGAAUCUCAAGGAUUCAUCAUGGCAUCCAUUCAAACAUAAAGGAACCAAGGACAAAUCAAAUAUGUGUCUUUCCUGCUGUCUCAUCCCAUUUUAAGAGUGAUCUGGUUAACGAAGAGUAUGAGCCCCUGAAGAAGCUUAAAGAAAAAUGGGGAGAAGAUGUGCAUAAUACUUUAAAAAUAACAAUCAAGGAUAUGGAUGAGUAUAAUGCAUGUGGUAAGUACCCAACUCCAGAACUAUGGAACUUUAAGAAAAAACUUAAAUCAACACUGAAGGAAGUGAUUAAAUUCCUUUUGAAUGACAUCAAGAGUCUAAAACGCCAACGAAUCUGUAGGUGUGUUAUAUCUUUUUUGGUUGACAUAGGUCUCCUUAUAGAUUUAAACCAACAUAAACCCCAUAUAGUUUUAGUGUAUAAGGUUUAG